CUCUCAGCUCCAGAUGAGCUCUCUCAUCUUGUCCAAACAACUCCGGGCUUUCUCUCAUGCAGCCACGGCAUCGUGCCCAUUUCCGGACUGGCUCAAUUACAUAGACCAGUCAACUAUCAUGGCCACCAUACUUGAGGCCCUCCACCCGCAUCCUGAAGAACGCCUUCACCUGAGGCUGCAUCGGGCCCGGUCCGUUAUCCUAACGAGCGAAGAACUCGUCGAGAUCCGCGCCGCCCAGCGCACCUUCGAAGGCGCCUACAUGCGCACCGCCCUCUCCCAAUUCUCCUUCGCCCUCGUCGUCCUCAAGAUCUUCACCUCCGAGUUCUACCCCAUCGGCGCCCUGCUGGCCUGCUACGGCGCCGCCGUCCUGCUCGUCGCCGUCUACCGCCGCUACGAGGGCAACCGCCAGUUCUUCGACAGCGAGGAGGUGCAGGAGGAGGAGGAGGAGGAGGAGGAACAGGAGGAAGGGGUAGGAGAAGAAAGGGAAGGAGGAGUAGGAGGAGGAGGAGGAGGCGGAGGAGGAGGUGGUGGUGGUGGUGGUGGGCCCGGCGUGCCUGAUGAUCUCGGAGAGACGAUGCGGCGGAGAAGUAGCAGGAGCAAUGGCCAACGGCCGCGCGCGAGGCAGGUUGUGGUCAAGAAGAAGUUCAGGACGAGCGGGAACAGCGUGGGGCUGUUGGUCGGUCUGAGCUUGGUGAGUUAUAUCGCGCUGCUCGUGCUCCUCUGGGAGUUGGUCGAGUAACAAAGAUUAUCUGUCCGUGUCGCACACCAUGCUCCCCCUCUUUCCUCUCCGAUCUCUGUCGACGCUCAACCACCCCUGAUGAAGCAAGCUUGUCUCAUCAGAUC